AUGUCCCUGAGAACUCCAAAAAAAAAUUCAAAUAAUAUAUUGGAUAGUAGAAAAAGACAAUCUAAAAGAGAUGAAGCCAUUAGACGUCGUGUUGAAAACGAUCUAAGCAAGAAAAGAGCCUCAACAAAAUCAUCAAACAACAAGAGACGUUCUAAAAAUUAUCAACCAGGUACUGUAUUAUCUUUAAAACCAAGUGAUGCUGUUGUUUGUAAAACUUCAUAUACCGCUUAUGAAGCUGCUCAAUUGAUGAGUGCUAAAAGGGAAAAUUGUAUCUUGGUUGUUGAUGAUGAUGAAAAUCUAUUGGGUAUCUUUACUGCUAAAGAUUUAGCAUUCAGAGUCGUUGGUAAAGGUUUAAAAGCUGGUAGUAUUACUAUUGAUCAAAUCAUGACUGCAAAUCCAUUAUGUGCAACUUCUGAUACCCCAGCUUCUGAAGCUUUAACUUUAAUGGUUGAGAAAGGUUUCAGACAUUUACCUGUCUUGGAUGAAAAUAAUUCAAUUGUUGGUGUCUUGGAUAUAACAAAAUGUUAUCAAGAAGCUAUGGAAAAAUUAGAAAGAAUGUAUGAAUCUUCUAAAAAAUUACAUGAUGCCCUUCAAGGUGUUCAAUUGGAAAUUGGUACGUCUCAACAACCUUUACAAGUUAUUCAUUAUUUUGAAAAUUUGAAAAAUGUUAUGAAUGGUCCAACUUUAGAAUCUGUAUUGGAUGAAAAUUCAUUACCUUCUUAUGUUAAUGUUAAAACUAGUGUUUAUGAAGCUGCUUUAUUAAUGAAAGAGAAUCAUACAACUGCAGUGCUUGUUAAAGAUUCAAAUGAUGAUGUUAGUGGUAUCUUCACUUCAAAAGAUGUUGUCCUAAGAGUUAUUGCAGCUGGUUUAGAUCCUAAAACUUGUUCAGUUAUUAGAGUUAUGACUUCUCAACCUGACGUUGCCUCCAAGGAUUUAACAAUUCAAGCGGCAUUAAGAAAAAUGUUUGAUGGUCAUUAUUUAAAUUUACCAAUUGUCGAAGAUGAUGAAAUUAUUGGGAUUGUGGAAGUUUUAAAAUUAACUUAUGCAACAUUAAAUCAAAUUUCUUUAAUGAAUCAAAAUGAAACAGAUGAAAAUGAAGGACCUGCUUGGAAUAAAUUUUGGACCUCGUUAGACAAUGAUACUGAAUCAAUUCAUAGUGAUUCUCAAUUAACUGAUAAUCAAAUCAUUCCUGAUAUAAGUCAAAGUGAAAUUAAUCAAUUUUCAUUAAAUCAUAUAAAUACCCAUGAUAAUUUAGGUCCAAGUGAUUCAGUUAGUGCAACAAAUGAAAGAAUUGGUGUUAAUGGUUCUCAAGUUACAAAUAAUUCAAUAAAUAAAGAAGCCUUGAAGGAAUUACCUUAUGCUUUUAAAUUCAAAUCACCAAGUGGUAGAGUUCAUAGAAUUAAUGUUAAACCAAUUGAUGGUGUCUUGGAAUUGAGAAAUCAAAUAACCACAAAAUUAAAUAAAUUAGAAUUGGAUCAAUUAAAUAAAGAUUUGUUUGCAAUCAGUUAUAUAGAUGAUGAAGGUGAUAUUGUGGCUAUAACAAAUGAUCAAGAUUUAUUAGAUUGUGUUUUGAUUAAUAAGAAUUCAAAAUUAGAAAAAGCUGAUUUAUUUAUUCAUCAUCCUGAUCAUGAUAUUGAUUUACAAGAUUUUUAUAAUCAAAAGAAGAAAUUUAAUAAAAAAGAGGAAGUGAAACAAAGUAAGAAUAAUGAAAUCAUUCCAGGUGUUGCUAAUGAGAUUUUAUUAUCAGGUGUUGCAUUAUUCUUGGGUGCUUCAUUAUUUGUUGCAUUUUCAUUAAAUAAGAAAUAG